AUGCCUAGCAUAAAGAAGAACAGAAUUCUGCCACUCAUUAUUCGGCGAUAUCUCGUCUCAGAUGCUCCAGCCUUGGCCUUGGCCGCAAACCACGAACAAGUCGCCAGCUACAUGAGCGAUCGCUUCGCCAGUCCAUACACAACUGCCGACGCCGAAAAGUUCAUACAGCAGACUUUCCACGACGACGAUACAGCGACAUACCCACAUGGAGCAGCAAUAUUAUUGAAGCCCGGAUUCCCAGGAAACUCUUCAGCGACAGAUGCGCUACUCAUAGGUGGAAUUGGCACUCAUGCGUUGACAGAUAUCCUGUACAGGACGUGGGACUUGGGGUACUACCUCUCGCCGUCAGUGUGGCGACAGGGCUACGGAACAGAGGCGCUGAAAGCAUUCACCAGAUGGGCGUUUGAGACGUGGCCAACGCUGAACCGCAUACAGGCUCAUGUGUAUGAGAGCAAUACCGCGAGCCAGAAGUUGCUGCAGAAGUGCGGCUUUUCGGUUUGA